UGGCGCAUGGUUUGCAAUUACGCGAGCAUCCAUUGACCAGAUCGUCAGGUCGCUUUUGCACUAGACACUGAUCUAGAUAUUAACUAUGUGCAAUGCAAGUUGUGCUGAUCUUGUGGUGCCAUCUCAUUAUUUCACAGGCUCUCGCAGCCGACACCUCACGUAAAACGCUACGUAUAGUGGAAAGCUUAGCCCUGAAUUUCAGACCUGACCGUUUGAACAUGAACGUCCAUUAUACUUCCACCCGAGAAUGCCGAUCCUCCAGAUGUCACGUCACAUCACAAAGUUCCGAACAAAGAAGCCUCUUUACUACUAUCGCGGACAUGCCACUUUUCAGGGUUCCGACUACCGUUCUUUCCGCGAAAACCGCAAGAAAUCCCACAGUACCCUGGACAUCAACCCCUCAGCGCACCAGAAUUAUGAAUCCACCAUGGACUAACCAUUUGGAAGCCGUCUUGCAAACCCCCCGCUUGGAGGCACCGCCAGCAAUGAGAUCUCAACACUCGACAUGUAAGCGCUAACGUAACCGCACAACUGGGAACACGGCGCUUCGAUUCACGGAUGCGCCGUGCUUAUCACAGGUUCUGAGUGUGAAAAGUGAUCCAGAGACUUUCUAGCUACACUAGAACCAUCCGAAAACCCACGAGGGUCCAAACAAUUACCGUACAGAGUUAUCUACAAUAUUUUGUUCCCAGAAUGAAGAAUACAUGGUCAGAACGAAAGCAAUGCAAAUAGAGUACGGUCCGACAGCCUAACAACUCAGACGGCGAAAAGCGGUCCGCA